AUGUUGUCGCGUUGGGUCGUGUACAGUCUGCGCGUGGUGAUGAACCAGGCGGUGAUCUACGCCGCUUUGGUCAAGGAUGAGCCGAUCAUCGGUAUUGAUGUCAAUGGCAACCUCUUCAUCAACACCUCAUCAACGGGCAACGGGCGGCUGCUGCUGAAUGGGGUUGAUGUGAUCCAAGAGCUGACUGAGUCACGCCAGAUGUGCGCCGGCACAAUAUCAAAGACCACAACAUUGCCUCCGACCACCACCACGGCCACCACCACGGCCAUCACCACGGCUGCUCCCACAGACUUGCCCGUCACGUACUCGGGUACAAUCGGUUGUGAGCUGGAGAACGUGCCUUCAAACGUUGCGUAUGUCAUGGGCAACGUUCGCCUGACAUCUUGCCCACUUCUGACGGCAAAUGAUCUCCUGCAAGUUUUUCGCAAGCUCGUCCAAGUGAGCGGGGACUUGAAAUUCGACUUGCAGAAGAAUGACGCUCUGACCAACGUGAAUGGGCUUGCAACUCUCACGAGCGUUGGAGGCUACUUGUACAUAAACAGUAAUGACGCCCUGGCCAACGUGGACGGCCUUGGCAGUGUCGCCAGCGUGGGCGGCCACUUGCACAUAAGUGGCAAUGCCGUUCUGACCAACGUGGACGGUCUUGGCAAUAUCACCAGCGUGGGCGGCUACUUGUACAUCAACAAUAACGACGGUCUGACCAACGUGGACGGCCUUGGUAGUAUCACCAGCGUGGACGGUUACCUGAAGAUUGAGGACAACGACGCCCUGACCAACAUGGACGGCCUUGGUAGUAUCACCAGCGUGGCCGGCGAUUUGAACAUUUGUUCAAACUCUCAACUUGACACAUCAAUGAUACCUGCCUCUGUUCGAUCAUUGGGCACAUGCCAACUCAUCACGAGCGGAGGUUGCAGCUCUUGUUGA